AUGUCCAAUGGGUUCCCUAAGAGAGGCAGCGCGAAGCAAGAUUGUACUUUUACGUUGAAAUUAAAUCACGGUUCCUAUGUGAAGAUUCUCCCGGAAGUUGUUGACAUUCCCUGUGGUGGAGGAAAUGGACUGCGAAUUUACGAUAGAAUCGAUCCAGGAGCAAAAGUCACCGACCAAAACACUCCAGGAAAACCAUCAGAAUUCCAGACACCACUCUUCUGCGGAAAGAACGUCCGAAUUCCAGCCUUCGUUUCUACCGACGUUGAGAUGCUGAUCCACUACAAGGGUCCACCUGGCGCGAGGUUCAAGAUCGGAUACAAGGCAGUUCGUUCGUCCAAGGGGCCCAAGGUUCCGCGUAUCGCAUCGACCAGGGAUGAAGCCAUCCAGGAUCUGAACAAAUGGAAAAAUCAGCUCAAAAAGAUGCAGAAGAACAAAAUCUCUAAUUACGCGGCUGGAGGCGGAGGAAGCAGCCCGAAUGAAAACUGGUCUGUUUCUGCGCCAGAGUGGAAGCCGCCCGGAAACAACCCUGUCCAGCUUAAAAACCACCGUGGAGGCGGAAACCACAACGCGUACGAUUACUACCAGGGAAAUAACAACGCGAGGAACAACUACAACUAUAAUUAUGGAAACAACAACUACGGGAAUAGAGGCGGCUUCGGAAGAAACAACGGGCCAAAUUUAAACAACCACGGUCCUUAUGAGCCCAAAGAAGACUACGGCGUCUAUGACUUUGAAGCUUUUGACGAAGAAGAAACGCCGAAGCAAGGGCUCGGUUCAAGAACCGCUGCUCCUGGUGAAUCUACAGUAGCAACAACUACCAGAACAGAGGCUACUACAGACGAGCAGAAAGAAGAAGACCAGCCCCCGAGUUUUGAAGAGGCGGAGAAGGAUAAAAAAGAUGCCAAAGAGAAGCCAAAAGAAUAA